CCUCGGAGGCUGCGGCAACCAGCACAGCAGCCCCAUCACCGGGAGGCGUGCUUCCAGCACAUUCUGAGUCACGCCUCUCCUGGUGAGGGGCACACUCCCGGUGACAGCCUGUCUCCCGCGGAGGAGCCGACAGGCUCCGCUUUCCCAGGCCGGAGAACCCCGGGCGUCUGCGGUCGUCUCUGCCGUGGGAGCAGUUGCCGGAGAGAUGGCGGAUGUUGCCCAGAAAAAGAUUUACAAAUAUAAGAAAGUCCUGAGUAACCCAAGCCGUUGGGAAGUUGUGUUGAAGGAGAUCCGAACUCUGGUGGACAUGGCCCUGACAUCCCCCCUGCAGGAUGACUCCAUCAACCAAGCCCCACUGGAAAUUGUCUCAAAACUGCUCUCAGAGAACACAAACUUGACUACCCAGGAGCAUGAGAACAUCAUUGUGGCAAUUGCUCCUUUGCUGGAAAACAACCAUCCACCACCAGAUCUCUGUGAAUUCUUUUGCAAGCACUGCAGAGAGCGGCCCCGGUCCAUGGUGGUCAUCGAAGUGUUCACUCCCGUGGUCCAGAGAAUCCUCAAGCAUAACAUGGACUUUGGGAAGUGCCCACGACUGAGGCUGUUUACUCAGGAGUACAUCCUCGCCUUGAACGAGCUCAACGCGGGGAUGGAGGUGGUAAAGAAGUUCAUUCAAAGCAUGCACGGCCCCACGGGACACUGCCCCCACCCCCGGGUCCUGCCCAACCUGGUGGCCGUGUGCCUGGCUGCCAUCUACUCCUGCUACGAAGAGUUCAUCAACAGCCGCGACAACUCCCCCAGCCUGAAGGAGAUCCGGAACGGCUGCCAGCAGCCCUGCGACCGGAAGCCCACCUUACCUCUGCGCCUUCUGCACCCCAGCCCGGACCUGGUGUCUCAGGAAGCCACGCUGUCCGAGGCGCGGCUCAAGUCGGUGGUCGUGGCCUCCAGCGAGAUCCACGUGGAGGUGGAGCAUACCAGCACUGCAAAGCCAGCGCUCACGGCCAGCACGGGCAACGACAGCGAGCCCAACCUCAUCGACUGCCUCAUGGUCAGCCCUGCCUGCAGCACCAUGAGCAUCGAGCUGGGCCCCCAGGCCGACCGCACCCUCGGCUGCUACGUGGAAAUCCUCAAGCUGCUGUCCGACUACGAUGACUGGAGACCGUCCCUGGCCAGCUUGCUUCAACCCAUUCCAUUCCCCAAAGAAGCUCUCGCACAUGAGAAGUUCACCAAGGAACUGAAGUAUGUGAUUCAGAGGUUCGCCGAAGACCCACGACAAGAGGUGCAUUCGUGCCUGCUGAGCGUGCGGGCGGGCAAAGACGGCUGGUUCCAGCUCUACAGCCCCGGAGGGGUGGCCUGUGACGACGACGGCGAGCUGUUCGCCAGCAUGGUGCACAUCCUCAUGGGCUCCUGUUACAAGACCAAAAAAUUCCUGCUCUCCCUGGCGGAAAACAAGCUGGGCCCCUGCAUGCUCCUGGCGCUGAGGGGGAACCAGACCAUGGUGGAGAUCCUGUGCCUGAUGCUGGAAUACAACAUUAUCGACAACAACGACACCCAGCUGCAGAUCAUCUCAACCCUGGAGAGCACGGGCGUGGGCAAGCGCAUGUACGAGCAGCUGUGUGACCGGCAGCGGGAGCUCAAAGAGCUGCAAAGGAAAGGCGGGCCCACUAGGCUAACACUGCCCUCCAAGUCCACAGUGAGUUGGCUUCAAUCUUCUGUGGGGCCGGGUGGAGGGAAGAAGGUGGUUAGGCCUCCCCACUGGGGAGCAGCAGCGUCUGGCGGAGGCGAACAAGACAACGUAGUCCUCGACAGGCCAGCUUUUCCAGGAGGCAACCGGGGUGCAGGAAACCAAACAGGAUAAGGAUUAUUGUUGAUA